GUCAUGCAUCUUGCACAGUUCUCUCAAAUGCUUGGGCAAUGACACAUUGUGCAACUCAUGUUCCUGCUGUCUUCCAAGUUUGUUCUUUCUCUGGUUAAUUCUUCUCUUCAUUAUGUCAAUAGCUUAUAAACUGUUUUAGUUAAAUUCAUUGUUGUCUACAUUGCCAUGAUUAGAUAUGUAUUAUCGCGGGGGAAGAUGUUGUCUGGGUUAUCAUUUAAACGUCAUUGGUACUUGCAAUAAACCAGGAGUUACUAGCAUUAAGUGUGAAAGUGUAUAGGUAAUUAUUUUACCAAGCCUUAACUGUUAAAAAAAAGUACUGCUUCCCUACUCGAACAAUGAAGUAGCUAUUCAACUAACCUAAAAAAAAGCACAGGCAUAAUGAUUGAUAACAUUUGAUUUUAGUUAGUAGUUUCCUCAGCUGAUACUGAUACAAUUAUGAGACCUCGAUCCUCGCUAUAGUUCUGCUGAGCGGAUUUGGCUAGGAGGGAGCAGUGGCGAGGGUCUCUGAAAACAGAAUUGGAGAUGGCGCUGUGUACAGUGUGAGCGAGUUAGCAGCCAAAGUUUGCAUAGCGCAGGAAAGUUCUCAGGAGGCGACUCGUGAUUCUAACAAGAGUUUUCUACUCACGUUACCCGGACUGGGGACACUGCGUUUUCUGCUCAAUGUUUAAUGGACACUUUGAAUGGAUUAUUUCUAACGGAAUAUCUACAUUAAAGCCAGGAGUUUCUGCUACGGUUCUUUGCCUGUUGUGCAGUGCUGUAGUUUCAAUGGGCUAUGGGCUAUCUUAUCAGAGUAGCCUAUGCUGAACGCGAUACGCUGUCUUGUUACAUUGCCCACUUUGUUUAAAGUGUCGGUUGUGAGAAUGUAUUACCGCUUUUGGUAUUAUGGCAUGUAGUCUGUGUUGUUUUGAGAACUAUGAACGACCCCCGUGACAAGGAUUUAAUAACGAUUUCUCGGAAACACCGACUCAUGGCUGCUGCAAUGCCCGGGGACGAGAGCCCCCUGCCCGGCAAAACUUCCAAAGCUGAUCGGAAUGGAAUAGGACUGGUUCACUGUUUUAUCUGUGGAAGCGGCGUUUCGCCUGGAAAAGAAUUGAGAUUACAAGUUAAAUAUCCAAAAGAAAACUGUCCGUUUUUCCCGUUCUUGCAAAACCAGGAGCCAGCGCCUGGGGCAUGUGAAGUCAGCCCUGAUGGACACGCUCUAGUGUGCGCGGUGUGCCACUGUUUUCUGGGGGAGCAGUGGAACUCGUUCGAGCGUACCCGGACACCCAUAGAGAAGCGCAUGUACUGGCUGAAGAGGCCGUACCAGUGCGACUCUCGGCGGAUACCACAAGAGUGGAACCUAUCUUACGACCUGGAGCGGAGAAUCAGUGUCAGCAGCCAGAAUUACGAUGGGAACGAGUCAGAUUUCUCUUCUUUCUCUGAAAACGAUAACAUGUCAGACCAAGAGCUGGAUUUAGUAGACCGCGCCGCCAUAAGCAAGGAUAAAUACAGAGCAUCUGGCGGCAGCAGCAGUAAAACUUCUAAAGCCGGUAACAGAAAGAACAACAACAGUGUUAUCAGUGUUAAAAACAGCCCUGACUCUCAACAUGCUAUCCGCUAUCCGGUGGGUCUGUACCGGGCACAGGAAUCGCCGAAAUCAGAUAGCGCGAUACCGUCUAGGCGCAGUGGCAAAAUGAUGAAUCAUGUUUCUCAGUCAUCAGUGUCUCUGGCCCAGUCCCAAGAGAGUGUGUCCCAGAGGUGUUAUGAUAUCCCUCACGCCGACAAACCUGUACAGGACAACGGAAUUAUUAUGCGCAACAGGCAGUGGCUAGCGGGUGGGAAUGUCAGAAUCGCGGACCCGCGCCAGAUCCAGCGUGCUGCAGAAAGCAGCUGUAGCGCUGCCAGGCAUCCCUCCCUCAUGUUCCGCCAGAAAGGAGAGGACCAAGCUGACGCAGCUGUCGCGCUGUCACCUGUUGACGCCGCUGUCACCUCCAGGCGCAACUCCGCACUACCCAGAGAAAAUGAUCCGGGCAGAUGUAACGCCUCUGACAACUCUGACAACGACUACGAGAUCAAUAUAACUAGUUAUGACGACGGUGAGGUGUUUGAAGCAGCUGGCGGCAGCAGAGGGAGGGCAGUGACUCUGCUGAGACCACCCAGGGACGCUGCAGGGAGGGUCAUUGCCAUGCCCCAGAGAGGUGCCCAAAGGAGCCCCAGUCCAGAAGAGUGUGUAUGUUACAUCUGUGGCAGUGGGCUGAGGCAGGGCGGAAGUUUCCGUGUGUGUGUACAGAAGCAGGAGAGGGCAGCCAGUGAACCCUUCUUCCCAUUCUUGUGGCUACACAGCCCCCCUUCUGGAGCAUUGCCCCUCACCCCGGGGGGCACCACCCUGGUCUGUGCCAGCUGCCACACCUCCCUCAUGCAGCAGUGGCAGGGCUUCCAGCUGGCCGACGUGCCCGUCCUCCAGCGCCUUUACGUGGUUCCCCUCAACCAGGGUUCCCCCACCCCUGCAGCAGCCCCGGGCCACCCGACCAUCCUCGCCCCCCUGGAAAGUCCCUCCAGAGAGCCCACGGAGCGCAUGUCAGAGUCCCAGGCUUCCCGGGAGGCCUGUUUCCUCUGUGGCCAAGAGUGCGGACGGGAUGUUAGGGUGGCAUAUGCGCGGGCUGGCGUGGGCAAAGCUCGCGGUGCCAUGUACUUCCCCUUCAUCAAUCUGCUGCCAUGCCCCCCCGGCGCCCAGGGGGUGAGGAACGGACGAGUGAACUGCUGCCCUUCGUGCCACUCCAUCCUGGAGGAGAUCUGGGGGGCGUACCGGCUCAGCCUCAGUGAGGACCUCAUCACCUCGGUCACCUCCUUCCUGGGGCGGUACCACACAUCACUGGCCACGGGGGGAGCCGCGGUGGCCCAUUCCCAAAUUGGGGUGUCCUGCUCCUCCUCCUCUGGCCAUGUGGCGUGUGUGUCAGUAUGCUACCUGUGUGGUGCAGAGCUGGGCACCGGCGGGGAGUUCCAACUCCACAUUAACCCACCUGGGCGCUGCGGUGAGAGGGAGCCCUUCUUCCCCUUCUUGACCGUUCACUCUCCGGCCCCCCGCGCCAAACCAGCUGAUGCCACCGGCCUGGUUUCGGCCUGUGCCCUCUGCUACCACGACCUGCAUGCCCAGUGGGCUCAACACGAGAGCCAGGUUCCGGCCACCUCCGGCCCCACGGCACCCGGCCCAGGACAGGCCUCCUCGUCCUCCCUCCAGCCGGCCAGCUCCCCCUGGGCCAGACAGUACAGCUGCGAGGCCUUUGUGUGUUUCUUCUGCAGACAGGAGCGGCGGCGUCAGGGGGGACUGUGUGCGGUCACGGUGGCCAGGCUGCCGGUCUUCCUGUACGCCCCUCGCGGACGGCGCACCCUCCUGGUGGAUGAUGGCAGGAGGCUGGUGAUUGGCUCGUGUGUUGAGUGUAAGGCCAUGGUGCUGGCGGGACAGAGCAUGCAGCUGGAGAAGGAAAGGAACCAGGAGGGUCUAGGAGACAGGGGAACAGUGACAGAGUCUCCUCCAACUUCCCCCAACUCACAACCCAGACACCAGACAUCCAGCGUGGUGGAGGGCGUUGCCAUAGGCAGUAAGGAGGCAGAGACUGAUAUAUAUACUUCAGCUGUAAGCCAAUCACAAUCUAUAGAACCUGGAUUUGGUCCCACCCCUUCUCUACCCCAGACCUUGGAGCCAGAGAGAGGAGACUGCCCAUCUUUCAGCAUGAGCCAUGAGCCAAAGUCACCUUCCUUAGGAAUGAUCUCCACGGCAACUCGUACCACGGCGACGGUCAGCCCCCUCACCCCAUCGCCCCUCAGUGGAUCCAUCGUAGCCAAUGGGAGCCAGGCGGCCCAGUCCGCACACUCGGGAUUUGCUGCCGCACUCCGUAAGCUGGCCAAACAGGCCGAGGAGCCCCGUGCUGGUUCGUCCAUCAGUAGUGAGUCAUCCCCAGUUUCCUCUCCAGCCACCAAUCACAGUUCUCCAGUGAGCACCCCCAAGAGAGGUCCUCUGGGCCCUGGGCCUGUGCUGGUGCCACCUGGAGGCCACAGUGUGCCAAGCACCCCGCCUGUCGUCACCAUCGCCCCCACUAAGACUAGCAACGGCCUCUGGAGGAGUGAGGCACGCCAGGCUGACUCUGGCCCUCGCGUGGCCAGUCGGGAGCGUGUGGGGGCGGAGGUGCCCCACCAGCAGGAGAAAGGCGGCCCGUCUGUCCCUCACCUCAUGGGAAACCCUUAUGCCUUUGGCCUGAGCCCCGGAGCUGUAAUGCAGGACGCACGUUUCCAGCCCCUCAAUAUACCCAGACAGAUGCCCCAUGGAGUGCCCCCUGGCGGAGUACCAGAGGAGUACCUACGGGGGUUCCGCCCAUAUGCCACAGCUGAGGACCUCCGCAUGCCCUCUGGACUGCCCCUAGGCCUGGACCCUGCCACCGCCGCCGCGGCUGCCGCCUACUACCACCCGUCCUAUCUGCCACAUCCCUCCUUCGCCCCCUACAGGAUGGAUGAUCCUUUCUGUCUAUCAGCUCUGAGGUCACCGUUCUACCAACUCCAAGGAGGUGGGGGCUUGCCUCCCCUGCACCCCUCUGCUGUCCACAUGCAUCUACAAGGAGUUCGUUACCCCGGAGACCUUACACACCCCUCGCUGUCUGCCCUGCAGUCUGAGAGACUGUCUGAAAGGCUCCAGAUGGAAGAUGAGCUCCGGCAGCGAGAGAGAGAGCGCGAGCGGGAACGAGAGCGUGAAAAAGAGAGGGAGCGUGAAGUGGAGAGGGAGAAGGAGCGAGAGAGAGAAAGAGAGAGGGAGAGAGAAAGAGAGAAAGAACUGGAGCGAGAGAGAGAGCGUGAGAGGGAGAGAGAGAGAGAGAGAGAAAAGGAGAGAGAGAGGGAGAGGGAGAUGGAGAGGCAGAAGGAAAGAGUGAUGAGGGAGAAGGAGCUCCAGGUGUCUAAGGCCAUAGAGAGUCAGUACCUGGCUGAAUUCCAUGCCAUGAGAGGACAAGAGGACAGAACCAAGCCAGAGAGACUCACUCCUAACCGUCCAGACAAAACCAAAGAGCCCACCCUCCCAGCUCCUAAACCAAUGCCGCCAAGCCUCCACUCCUCCCUGAGCCAGUCGCAUCACGGGGUUCCUGGCGUUCCUGGUCUGGUCUCCACCCACGGCCUCUACCUGGGGCCUGGAGGACUGGGGGCCGGACUCACCGCUGCCAUGAUGCUCCAGCGGACCAAUGAGGAGGAGCGCUGGUUGGCGCGACAACGGAAGCUUCGCCAGGAGAAGGAGGAUCGUCAGUACCAGGUGUCAGAGUUCAGACAGCAGGUCUUAGAGCAACACCUGGACCUGGGACGGCCUGGGGAGGCAGGCGAGCUACGCUCAGACACACACAGGUCCAUACCAAAUCACCAUGACCCGGGUGGCCGUGACCUCCACCCCCACCUCGGAGCCCCUCCCCCGCUCAUCUCCCCCAAGCCCCCUCAGCCCCGUGAGCACCCCCCGCCCCCCACCACCCUGUGGAACCCUGCCGCCCUCAUCGACUCUGCCUCGGAUUCACGCCGCAGCACCCACCACGACCCGCCCGGCUUGGGUCACUACGACAUCAGCCGCCUUCCGCCCGGGGGACCAGCCAAGUUGGAGGAUGGGCUCCGCAGGGGACGAGACCGGGAAGGGGCCCUGGAGAAAUACCAGCCCCCUCACAGAGGCCCGCCGGGGAUGCCUGAACCCAGCACCUUCCUGGCAGAGCUGGAGAAAUCCACCCAGUCCUUUUUCAGCCAGCAGAGGACCUCGCUGUCCCUGCCCAGCCAGUACGGAGAGCUGGGAGGAGGGAUGAAGAGCAGUGGGGAAAGGAAGAGCCAACAGGGGCCCCCAGGGAUUUGGAGGCAGAGCCAGGGACAGGGCCUGGGACAGGGAAUGGGGCCUGACUCGGGCCUGAUGUACGACGAGUUUCUCCAGCAGCACCGUAGGCCGGUCAGUAAACUGGACCUGGAGGAGCGGAGGAGGAGAGAGGCCAGGGAGAAAGGUUACUACUACGAGCUGGAUGACUCGUAUGAUGAGAGUGAUGAAGAGGAGGUCCGGGCCCAUCUCAGGAGGGUAGCAGAGCAGCCCCCACUCAAACUCAACGACUCCACAGAGAAAGUGGACUUCCUGUGUGUGUUUGGCCUGACCACGGUGUCGCGACGCGACCAUCUGGUUCAGCAGAAGAGGAGGAAGAGGAGGAGGAUGCUGAGGGAGCGCAGCCCUUCACCACCGGCCGUGUUGUCCAAACGCACCCCUCCUCCCCCGGCUCCUCUCAGGACCCGCUUCACCCCAGAGGAGAUGGACAGAGCCCCCGAACUGGAGGACAAGAAACGCUUCCUUACCAUGUUCAGCCUGUCCCACGUCACUGUACAGCAGAGAAGAGAUAAUGAGAGAGUAGUAGAGUUGCUUAAUGCCAUUAAACAGAAGAGCGUAACCUUGGACACCAUCAGACAUGCCCCUCACCCCCUGUGUAAGACGCCCCCUGUCCAGAACUCUGAUCCCGCCUCAGCCCAUCCCUCCAGCGAAUCAGAUGAGCCACUCAGUGCCAGGCCCUCCAGCCCCUCGUCCCCUGGCGGACCCCUGGGGCCACCAAAAACUCCCAUCACCUCUGACACACUGAGACCAAAGGAACUUCCUCCUCCGCUCCCCUACCCAGACAAGAUCCGUGGGCUCCCUGAGGGACCCCCCUCCAAGAGGAGCUCGUCAUCCAGCCUGCUGAACAGCUUGCGCCCCACUUUGCAGCCUAAAGACACCCCCCCCAGCCUGAAUGGCCGGACCAAGCCCUGGGAGAGCUUCACGGCAGAGGAGUUUGCCCAGCAGUUCCAUGAGUCUGUUCUCCAGUCUACCCAGAAGGCCCUGCAGAAACACAAAGGUGGCGCAGCGGUGAUCUCGGAGCCCUCUCACCUCCAGGACUCCUCGGUGCACUACAACAUUCCGGAGCUGCAGAGCGCUCCCAGCCGGCCGCCUCCGCCACACGGCCACACACAUGUGCACACACACUCCAUCCAGCACGCCCACCCACAGCCCAAUGGGCAGCACUGCCCACCACAACCCCACCGGGAGGCCACUGGAGCGAGGGAGGAGCUGUCUGCGCCGGAGGACUCUGAGGAGGACGUGGAAGAGGAGGAGGAAGAGGAGGCCCCAGUGUCCAGGUGGCAGGGGAUUGAAGCAAUCUUUGAAGCCUAUCAGGAAUACAUUGAAGAACAAGGCGUGGAGCGCCAGGUGCUGCAGAGCCAGUGUCGGAGGUUGGAGGCCCAGCACUACAACUUGAGUAUGACAGCGGAGCAGCUCUCCCACAGCAUGGGGGAGUUGAUGUCUCAGAGACAGAAGCUGGCGGUGGAGAGGGAGAAGUUGCAGGCGGAGUUGGAGCACUUCAGGAAGUGUCUGACACUGCCACAGGCUCACUGGGCCCGGGGGGGACACUACAAGGGCUACCCGCCCAGGUGACAGCCCCACUGACCCACCCCUACUCCCCCCCCACCCCCACCCACGGCCCGGCCCCCUACCUCCCCACCCACAGACACAGAGUUUAUUUUUAUGAGCCGGAUGGAUGAUCCACAGGAGAGAGGGAUGGACGGAUGAGGCAGCAGGGUGGAGUGGAGAAGGACUGACGGGUGCUGCUGCCUGUCCUCCCAGGGCCUGUCCUCCCAGGGCCUGUCCUCCCAGGGCCUGUCCUCCCUGCCUGGGGAGUAAGGGCCAGGUCACACAGUGAGCAAAGCUCUGGGACAGCAUUGGUCAACACACACACACUCACACACACACACACUCACAUACACCAUGCUCUUCAGCAGGCACUGGUUACUCCCUGACGUCAGGCCAGCCCCAUCCCUGUCUCGCCUCAGUUGCCCCACACAGACAAUCCUGAAGCCUUGGACCUGUGUGGUCACAUGACAGAGUGCCAUCUACCAUCAGUCCAAGAUCCCCACCUUUGGCCAAUCGGAUGCGAUUUACCCUCACAACAUCUCUCCUGGCGGCCGGUCAGGCCAGCUUUCAAACUGGAAAUGCACUUAAACAGACAGACCUGAAGAACCACCUGGUGGUACUGUGUUAGGACAAAGAACUGGCUUCAAAUUAGGGAAGAACUUACAAAAUGCACAUUUUGGAACGAAUAAAGGAAAUGUUUUAUUUGGAGAUGAGAAUAAGAAUUUAAGAAGGUGCUUCAGCCUUGUAUUGUAAAUAAUAUUAAGACUAAAAAAUAAUUUUGUAUGUUUUUAUUACUUUACUCAUUGUUCUUUUAAGAAGAAAAGAAGCCUGCCAUUUUUUAUAUGUUAGUGCUUUUUUUUGGGGGGGGGUGGGAUCAGAAAAGCCUUGCUUUUAGUGUUUGUUCUGCUCGGCAAGGAGAGAACAGGCUCCACCCCCCUGCUCCACCCCUUCGCCUUGGCCAUGUGGGCAUCCCUAGCAGCAGCCUGAGCUCUAGCCACAUCCCUCCCUUCCCUGCCCUGGGCCCAGCACGGUUGACUGAGUAGGGGGUACGACCCAACUCUGGACCCCGGCCCCUCAGUUAGACCUGCAACCCCACACAGAACCCCUCUAGUCAGGAACAGCAUGUAGGUAACCAGGUGGAGGAGUAAGUGACAGCCUGUUACUGUCAUCCUUUAUACCUCUCUAUGUAUCCACUUUAGCCCUGGUCCAGGGAUGGGCCGGCGCUUAGGACAACUGUUAUUUCUUUGCUUUGCUUGCCCAGCAGAAGGGAUCCCUGAAGCAAUGCUUGGUGGCUGGUACUAGAGCAGCCAGGCCUAUCUCUCUGAACCUUAUAUCACCAGAGACUCAACAGCCAUUAUGUUGAGAGAGUCAUGUGAUGACGAGACACCGAGGAGACAGACAACACCACAUGGCAGUGUCACAAUGCACCUGGAGUGAGAUCUACUCCUUUGUGUUUGCCGGCAUAAAAGGAUAUCGUGCCAAAAAGUAACCCUUCCUAACAAAACAGCGUAUGAUACUUUUCAUUUAACCUUCAAAUAGGACAAUUAAGUUAACUCCCUGAAUUGAGAAGGUCAACCCACGUCUAAACUCAUCACAUUUGUACAUGUUUAUCAGUGUCAAAUCCCUUGCCAAUAAUUGGAUAGUCAAAGUUAAUGAUUGAGAUAUUUCCGCUGGGUGGCCCUUAAAUCCAAAGUCAAUGAAAGGUUCUAUUUUGCCAAGUACAUGAAUGACAAUAAUCCCAUUCUGCACUGUAUGUUUAUGCCUCCAUUAGGGCUGCCGGACAUAGCCUUGUUCCCUGUCCCUCUACCUUCCUCCCCCCAUCCCUCUACCUUUCUCCCCCGUCCCUCUACCUUCCUCCUCCCCCCGUCGCUCUACCUCCC